AUGAGCUCUUUCCCAAUUCUCUUUAAAGCUUUGAAGGUAAUCUUUUUUAUUGGGACACUGGCCCAAGUGGCUCAAUGUGCUGGUUCAUCUUCAAGUAAAUCCACCACACCAAGCUUAGUACGCGGUCAAGACGAUCCUAAUCAAAUGUAUCAUAAUCCAAAUGAAGUCAGCGACCACUUAAAAGAUCAAGCUUAUCAUCACAGGUGGGAGAAGCAUCAAUUAUUUGAAAAAGACCUUAAACAUCUUGGUGCCUCAGAAUCUGAACUAGAGCAUGGUACAAAGAUGCGUAAACUCCAUACUAAUGCUAUGAAAGAUGCCGAGAUGAAAUCCAAAAAGGUGUUGAAAGUUAGCAAGCAAUUAGCUUCCAGUCAACAUUCCAAUUUUGGAGAUCGAAACUUACAACGCUUACGUCCUAAUCCAGCAAGUAAAAUCCAAAAGAAAAAGCCCGUGUCUAACGAAGUGCGCAAAUUGACUUCUUGA